CCUGCUCGUUCCCGACUUAAGCCAUCGUUUGCAGUGGUGGGGGGAGUCGAGAGGGGAACGUCGGCUAGGGAACGUGAACGGAAACACGACCAGCAUCCCGACGCCUGUAGCUCCCUGGACAGCGUCGUAUCUGAGCGUCUUCAGGCGAAACCAGUCUUUUCUCGUGAGGAAGAAGCAACAAAACAGCCGCCACCAUGGAUGCCAUCAAGAAGAAAAUGCAAGCUAUGAAGCUUGAAAAGGACAAUGCUUCCGACAAAGCUGAUGCCAUGGAGGGCCAAGCCAAGGAUGCCAACCUCCGCGCAGAAAAGGUCAAUGAGGAAGUACGCGAAUUGCAGAAGAAGCUCACUCAGGUCGAAACUGACUUCGAGACUACCAAGACCAAUCUGGAACAGGCCAACAACCUGUUGGAGGAGAAGGAAAAACAACUGACACAGGUUGAAACUGAAAUGGCCUCUCUUAACCGUAAAGUACAGACCAUCGAGGAAGAUUUGGAACGUUCAGAAGAACGUCUUGGAACCGCUACCACAAAACUGGCUGAAGCCUCCCAAGCCGCUGACGAAAGCAGCCGUAUGUGCAAAGUGUUGGAGAACAGGGCACAACAAGAUGAGGAACGUAUGGACCAACUCACCAACCAAUUGAAGGAAGCUCGUAUGUUGGCCGAAGACGCAGACAACAAAUCAGAUGAAGUAUCACGCAAGCUGGCCUUCGUUGAAGACGAGCUUGAGGUAGCUGAGGAUCGUGUAAAGGGUGGUGACGCCAAGAUCAUGGAAUUGGAAGAAGAAUUGAAAGUCGUCGGUAACUCUCUCAAAUCUCUGGAAGUAUCCGAAGAGAAGGCCAACCAGAGAGUAGAGGAGUUCAAGAAACAACUCAAGACCUUGACCGUCAAAUUGAAGGAGGCUGAAGCUAGAGCCGAAUUCGCCGAAAAGACUGUGAAGAAGUUGCAGAAGGAAGUCGACAGGCUAGAAGACGAGCUUGGAAUCAACAAAGACAGAUACAAGUCUCUUGCCGACGAGAUGGACUCCACCUUUGCCGAAUUGGCUGGUUAUUAAAAAAAUUUUUUUUACUACACGCGUCCAUCUGAAUUAUAUUUUUCAUCCUCUUAUAUAAAUCGCGCCCUGAAAAUUUUGUACAUCUGGCGAUCUGGGCGGCCAUUCUGUAUCAUGUAUGUAUGUAUGUUCUGCUUUUUGAACUUGCAACUCCGUAUUGUCUCUUGAAUGACAUUGUAUAGACCUUUAUUUUAUCGAAUUGUUUGUUUUGUUUAUUUUAAUAAAGUUGUAAGGAACCGA